AUAUAGGGACCACCUCCCUCUCUGCGAGCCGAAACCAGGGCAUUUCUUCACUUUGCAAAUCACAUAAUAUUUCUUGGUAUAAAUACUGAGGCAUGGCCAGUGCCUAACACACUUGAACAACCAAGCUCAAGCAACAUGUUCAGCAAGAUCCUCGCCCUCUCCGCCCUCGUGGCCGCCGCCUCCGCCGGUGUGGUCGCCCCCGCCUACGGCUAUGCUGCCGCCCCCGCCUACGGCUACGCUGCUGCCCCCAUCGCCCGUGCCGCUUAUGCCGCCCCCGCCUACGGUUAUGCCGCCCCCAUUGCCCGCGCUUAUGCCGCCCCCGCCCUUGCCAAGGUCGCCGUCCCCGCUGAAUACGACGCCAACCCUCACUACAGCUACUCUUAUGCCGUGUCCGACGCCCUGACCGGUGACAACAAGGAGCAGCACGAGAGCCGCGACGGUGAUGUUGUCCAGGGCUCUUACUCCCUCAUCGAGGCCGACGGCACCCGUCGCGUCGUCGACUACACUGCCGACCCCGUCAACGGAUUCAACGCCGUCGUGCACAAGGAAGCCGCCGUCUCCAAGGCCGUCGUUGCCGCCCCCGCCAUCGCUAAGGUCGCCGCUCCCCUGGCUUAUGCCGCCCCCGCUGCCUACGCCGCUCCCGCCUACGCUCGUGCCUAUGCCCCUGCUGCUUAUGCCGCCCCCGCCUACGGCCGUGCCUACCUGGGUUAAACAGUUGUUGAUUAUGUUUAAAUUAUUGUGAUCUAUUCAUGUUUUCGUGGACACUCCGCGAGUUUAUAAGACUUUGAUCUUAAUAAAUAUAAAACAGUAAACCAAAAUA